GUGGGGCGACGACGCAUGCGCGCAUUGCGCAGCCUUAAGGGCGGCCGCGGCGGCCCGGGCGGGCCCAGUCGGCCUGUCAGCCGGCUUGGAGACGUCUCCCCGCGGCGAUGGCGGCGGAAGAAGAGGAGGUGGAUUCGGUGGACGCCAGUGAGGGGUCAGGAUGGCUAACGGGUUGGCUUCCCACUUGGUGCCCUACGUCUACGUCACACCUUAAAGAAGCCGAAGAGAAAAUGUUAAAAUGUGUCCCCAGCGCUUACAAAAAGGAGUCUGUUCGCAUAUCGAAUGGAAAUCGAGUGUGGACACUGAAGUUCUCACACAGUAUCUCCAACAAGACUCCUCUGGUCCUCCUGCACGGCUUUGGAGGAGGUCUGGGACUCUGGGCACUGAAUUUUGGAGAUCUCUCCACCGACAGGCCCGUCUAUGCCUUCGACCUGCUGGGCUUCGGGCGGAGCAGCCGGCCGCAGUUUGACAGCGAUGCGGAGGAGGCGGAGAAUCAGUUUGUGGAGUCCAUUGAGGAGUGGAGGCACGCCUUGGGCUUGGACAAGAUGAUCUUGCUCGGACACAACCUGGGGGGAUUCUUGGCUGCUGCUUAUGCACUGAAGUACCCGUCAAGGGUUAGUCACCUCAUUUUAGUGGAGCCCUGGGGUUUUCCUGAGCGACCAGACCUCGCUGAUCAAGACAGACCAAUUCCUGUUUGGAUCCGGGCCCUGGGGGCAGCCCUGACCCCCUUUAACCCCUUAGCUGGCCUCAGGAUUGCAGGACCCUUUGGGUUGAGCCUGGUGCAGCGCUUGAGGCCUGAUUUCAAGCGGAAGUACUCCUCGAUGUUUGACGACGACACUGUGACAGAAUACAUCUACCACUGUAACGUGCAGACUCCAAGCGGCGAGUGUGCCUUCAAGAACAUGACCAUCCCCUACGGGUGGGCCAAGCGGCCCAUGCUCCAGCGGAUCGGCAAACUGGACCCCGACAUUCCCGUCUCCGUCAUCUUCGGCGCCCGAUCCUGCAUCGACGGCAACUCCGGCACCAGCAUCCAGUCGCUGAGACCACACUCGCACGUGAAGACCAUCGCCAUUCUUGGAGCAGGGCAUUACGUCUACGCAGAUCAACCCGAAGAGUUCAACCAGAAAGUGAAGGAGAUCUGCAACACGGUGGACUGAGCACACAGCGCCGGGGCAGCGGCAGCCUCUGUGAGAGCAGGUGGCGGCGGGUGGCCCCCCCGAAGUUCCCCAGCGUCAUCGACUGGGGAGCAAGGAGGGCGCCCCAGCCCCGGGUCCCUGCCUGUCCUUUGCACACGUUCUCCUCCUGGAGUCGCUUGCACCCAUAAACCAUUAGUGCCUUCCGGAAGAAUGACUUCCUUCUCUCCUCCUCGACCCGGGAUACACAAGUCUUCAAAUUCAGUAGCUUUAAAUAAAGGUGGUUUGUCCUCUCUG